AUGUCAGAUAUCGAUGAGUUGGAUUACACCGAGAGCCAACAGCAAGACUCCAGUUCCUUGCAGUACUCCGUGGAACCGCCAGGAACACCACCAUCUCUUCCCAACUCUCCCGACAUACAUCCUACUCAAGAUAAUCUGGAGCGCAAACACCGUAGAUCAGUCAGUGAGCAACUCUUCUCCGUACCCAACUUCCAUGCAAUCGCAUCUAAGGGCAACAUUCUGGGCCAUCAUCGCAAGCGAAAUACAUUCGACAAAAACGGCGAUGGGGACACCGAUAUGGGAAGCCUUGGGGAAAGGUAUGGCGGAGGGAGUCCAAGCGGUUACAAUACAGGGUGGGAUUAUGGAAACCACUCUGUUCCUGGGGCUUAUUUGAGCGACUUCUCGCCUUUCGAAAGAAGCUGCGAAACCUCAACCAAUCACCACUCUUCUGCGGGCCGACCUUAUGGUGGUACGCAUUUAAAACAAGCGCUGAAGAGAAAGGUCAAGAGGGCUCUUAAUUCAUCCCGAACGGUGGGUUAA